AUGGCCGCAACUGAGCGCUCCCCGGUUCCUGAGGGCUUACGGGCUGCUGGACGCUCUGUGUGGGGUCUCAGACCCAUUGCGUGGGGCCGCUGGAGGAAACUGAGUGUAAAACCCAUAACAAAUCCUCAGUAUUUGGAUAAUGUGGGGAAUCCAGCUGUUAAUGGACUGUACGACUUGGCUUUGGGACCUCCAGACUCCAAAGAAGUGUGUGCAACUUGCAUGCAGAACUUCAUCAACUGCCCUGGUCAUUUUGGCCAUAUAGAACUGCCUCUGACUGUCUACAACCCUCUGUUUUUUGAUAAAUUAUACCUUCUAAUUCGAGGUUCUUGUUUAAAUUGUCACAUGCUGACAUGUACUCGAGCUGUGGUUCACUUACUGCUAAGUCAGCUGAAGGUUCUGGAGAAAGGGUUGCUUCAUGCCGUCCAUGAUCUUGAAGUCAUUCUAAACAGGUUUUUAGAGCAAUGUGCAGAUGCCACAGGUUCAGAAAUUGAAGAAGAGUUAAAUCAUCACGUUCAGGAAAUCUUACAAAGUCAUCAGAUAAGAGAUCAGUGUUCAAACGUCAAAAAUGUAUGCGAGUGUAGAAAUAAACUGAUAGCGCAGUUCUGGAAAGCACAUAUGAGUUCAAAGAAAUGCCCAAACUGCAAAUCUAGGAGAUCACUAGUGCGAAAAGAGCAUAACAGCAAGCUGACAGUAACCUAUCCUUCUACAGUGUACCGUAAACCAGGAGAGGAAGGCAAUCUGGAUGAGCCAGCAGCUAUUGAUGAAAGCCAGUUAGGGAAGAGAGGAUACCUGACACCGAUGACUGCCAAGGAAUACAUCCUGGCUCUGUGGAAGAAUGAAGGUUCCUUUUUGCGUUAUCUCUUCCCUGGGAUGGAUCCCCAUGGGAAUUUGGGAUUUAGUCCAGACAUGUUUUUUUUAGAUCUUCUUGUGGUUCCACCUUCAAGGUAUCGGCCCAUAAAUCGUGUUGGAGACCGACUGUUCACAAAUGGUCAGACUGUGAACUUGCAGGCUGUAAUGAAAGAUGCCAAAAUGAUACGGAAGCUCUUGGUUUUCAUGGCAAAAGAGCAAUGUCAGCCAAUAAAAAUGACAGAAGAAGAAAUCCAAACGGAGACAGGAGAGAACAAUGAACCUCUGGACCAUUCUAUCCUGACAAUGAUUCCAGGACAGACCAUUGCAGAUAAGCUGUACAAUGCUUGGAUUCGUCUUCAGAGCCAUGUCAACAUUGUAUUUGAUAGUGACAUGGACAAACUAAUGACAGAAAAAUACCCUGGUAUUCGUCAGCUAUUGGAGAAAAAGGAAGGACUGUUCCGCAAGCACAUGAUGGGAAAGCGUGUAGAUUUUGCUGCUCGAUCAGUCAUUUGCCCUGAUAUGUACAUUGGUACCAGUGAGAUUGGCAUUCCUAUG